CCCGCCGGAGCCGCCGCCGGGACCAUGGAGGUCGUGGAGGCCAGCACCCUUCAGCAGGAGAGGCUGCAGGCCAUCGCGGAGAAGCGCAAGCGUCAGACGGAGAUCGAGAACAAAAGGCGGCAGCUCGAGGAUGACAGGCGGCAGCUGCAGCAUCUCAAGUCCAAGGCUCUGCGGGAGAGAUGGCUCCUGGAGGGGGCCCCAGCUUCUGCCUCCGAGGAGGAAGAGGCCAUGAAGAAGCAGAUGCAGGAGGAUGAGGUGAAGACCAAGGAGCUGGAGGAGACCAUCCAGAGGCUGGAGAAGGAGCUGGAGAUGCUGGAGAACAGCAGCUCAGUGGCUUCCACCAAGGAGAACCUGGCAGAGGCAGCGGGCAAGGAGGAGAAGAAGGCUGAGGCUGUCCCCAACGCGCAGAAGAGUCCCCUGGGCACAGUUAAGGGUGCUCAUCUCUCCUCUCCAUCUCCAGCCGACAAGAGGGUCUCCAGCAGCCCCAUGAAGGCAGUGGAAGGCAGUGAGAUGAUGAAGGCGGCCAUGUACUCGGUGGAGAUCACGGUGGAGAAGGACAGAGUGACUGGGGAGACCAAGGUCCUGUCCAGCACCACCAUGCUCCCCCAGAACCACUGCCUGCAGGGGGUCAAAGUGUACGAGGAUGAGCUGAAAGUGGUGCACGCGGUGAGCGCCGAGGACGGGGCCCUGCAGAACGGGGCCCACCCCCUGAGCUCCUCCGAGGUCGACGAGCUCCUGCACAAGGCGGACGAGGCCACCCUGAGCGAGGCUGCCGGGCGCCAGACCCCAGCCAAGGCUGGCACGGGGGGCGGCAGCGCCCCGGGCAGCCAGAAGCCGACGCCGCGGCGGGAGAUCACGGGGCUGCAAGCGACGGUGCCAGCGGGCGAGGGGACAGAGCCCGGGCAGGAGCAACCCGUCACCAUGAUCUUCAUGGGCUACCAGAACGUGGAGGAUGAGAACGAGACCAAGAAGGUGCUGGGGCUGGAGGGCACCAUCAAGGCGGAGCUGGUGGUGAUCGAGGACGCCGAGGGCAAGCCGGAGCCGGCACACAAGGACCACACGCCGCCCAACGGCACCGCCCUGGAGCCGGCGGCCGCCCAGCCGCUGGGCGAGGAGGGCGCGGGCGGGCAGAAGCCGGGUGCCAACGCCACAGAUGCCAAGGAGGCCGAGCAGGAGACAGACGCGAAGAAGCAGCGCUGCAAGUGCUGCACGGUGAUGUGAGCCCCCGCCGAGCCCCCUCCGCCCCGGCCCCCCCACACGGGGUUCCCCCCACCCCACACCGGACACAGCCCCUCUCUCUGCAGAACCGGGGAGAUCCGACGUGGUGCCAGGCGGGCGGCGGCGAGCCCCCUCUGCCCGAUGGCAGCCCCGUGCCGCCCCCCACCAGCGCUGCCUGUGGUAUUUAUUAGUGACCCCCCUCGCCCCACGGUGCGCCCACCCCACCGCAGCCCCGCCUCGCCCCUCCUGGCACCGGGGCCUGUCCCUCUGUCACCGACACCGUGCCACCCGCCGGGCGGGGGGUCGGAGGACGGCGCCGUGUCCGUGGAUGACUCCCCAGGAGCUGCCACCAGCAGGUGGGCAUCGGAGCCAGCCCUGUGCCAGCCCCUCCUCUGUGCCUCCAUCACCCGCUGCUCCAGCGGGGAAAGGCCUGGCUCUGCUGGCUGCCCGUGGGCAUCUCCGCUCCAUCUCCUCGUCCCUGCGGUCCCCGAGCCCUGGAGGGCAUGGAGGGCAGCGUCCAUCCCUGCCUGUACUGGGCUGUGGUCAUGCCAGGGCUCCCGCGGGGUCAGCCCAGGCUGUCCCCGGCCUGCCCUGCUCCCCCCGGGCUCAGCUCGCUCUGGUGCUGGCAGUGACAGCCAUCCUCUGUCCCUGGGCUCUGCCAGCUGAGGGGGCUGAACUGUGCUGUGCCCAGCGCCCGUGUCCUCCUGGGGCAGUGCCAGCGAGGGAAGGGCAGCCUGGGGGGCCCAGUGGGGCAGGAGUGGGGUGGGGGUCCUGUGUUUCCUCGUGGCCCAGCAUCCUGUUCCCUUCCUGCCCCUGCUGCUCAGCAGCUUUGCAGAGCCACCUUCUGGGGUGCUGGGCUUUGGGGAGGGGGGCAGCCCAGUUCAGCCCAGUACUGGCACUGGGAGCUGCCAGGGGUCUGGUGUCCCCGCAGAGGGCAGCCUCCCUGCUGCCCCACCCUGCACCCCAGCCCUUCAGUGGGGAUUUCACCACCAGCACCAGCGUUUUCUCCCCACUGAGACCAGCUGGGGCAGGCGGGGGGGCCCCGUGGUUUUUGGUGCCCACAUCAGCUGCCCCUGAGCUGCAGCAGCUGGGCUGGCAGUGCCCAGAUACUUGCCCAGGAGCUUUGGGCAGGGUGCAGCCACUGGUGAGGGAUCCUUGUUCAAGUGUGAGAGGGUUCCCUCUGCCGUGAGGCUGGGCAAGUCCCCAGGAUCCCCCAAAACGUGUGGAGCAGCAUCCAAGGUGCCCAGAACACCGGUGGCUGAGCAGCCAGGGACGGGGCUCAGCUCCCCCAAGGAUGGGCCUUCCUUCCCCCACACUCCCCCCGUGUGACAGUGCCACCCCCUGUCCCCAUGACACUCCCGUUGUCCCCCAGGUUGUCCCUCAGGCUGCAGUUUUCCCCCCAGCAGAGUCAUUGCAGGGCUGAGGGGGGGAGGGCUCAUGGUGCCACCGCUGUCCUGAGCCCCUGGCAGAGGCAGGGCUGGGGAAGGGGGGCUUUGGGAGGGCACUGCCAGGGGAAGGGGGGCCUUCUCCUGCCCCAUCCACUGCUGGGCAUCGCUGGAGCCCCAUUGCUGCAGAGCAGGGCACGGGCUGGGUGCCACAGGGCACCUGCCCCUGUAGCCCUGGGGGGAACGUCACCUCUUGCCACCCCACUUCAGGGGCCAACACCACCCACCCGUCCCACCCUGGGCCCUGCACCCCCCAGCCCCACGCUGGGGCUCCUCCCUCCCACCCUUGGCAGCCCCUGCCCCUCGGUUGGCUUUGACCCCCAGCCCAGCCCGGCCCCGGGGGUGGUGGGAGCAGGAGCAGCCCCGGGCCGGGGCUGGGGUGUGAGAGGAGCGGGUGGUGGGCCUGGCAUCGUCCCCGUCCCGCCCCACAGCCCUCCUGUCCCCCCCCAGCUCUGCUGAAGUGCACUUCCCGUGCCCCUGAGCUUUUCACUUGUGCCGAAGCCGUUUGAAUUCCCUUCCCUUUCCCACCCCAUCCCAUCCCCCCCACCCCGUUGUUUGUAAAACACCCAAACCGAGCAAAUAAAACUGUGUGAACAACCA